UCAUCUACAAAAUGCACUGCAGUUACUCGCCUGGACUAUACAGCAACUCUCAAACCUCAGCCACCGGGAAGGACACAAACAACAGAGACAUGGGAGCAUCACCAUUGCAGUUUCCCCUCCAAGUAGCUCACUGUCCUGACUUGGAAAUGUAUCACUGUUCCUGCAUCAUUGCUGGGUUCAAAUCCUAGAACUCCUUAACCAACAACCAACAUGUUUACCAAAAAGGUGACAAUUAAGGGUGUGCAAUAAACAUUAGUCAAUGCUGUCCACAUCCUGAAAGUGAAUAAAAAACUCCACCUGGGAAGGCAGAUGGGUCUUAAUUUAGCAUCUCAUCUGAAAGAUGGCAUUUUCAAUAAUGGCCAGCUCCUGCAAUACUGGGACUGAAAGUGUCAGUGUCUGGAGUGGGACUGAAACCCACAACCUUUUGACUCAGUCAUACUACUUCGAUCGUUGUGAUGUUGCUUUGAGAAACUUUGCCAAGUUUUACUUGGAACAGUCUGCUGAGGAACAGAAGCACGCUGAGAAGCUGAUGAAGUUUCAGAAUCAACGUGGAGGCCGCAUCAUCCUGUAUGAUAUCAAGAAACCUUACCAAGAUGAGUGGGGCAGUGGCUUGGAGGCAAUGGAGCAUGCACUGGAGCUUGAGAAAGAAGUCAAUCAAUGCAUUCUGAACCUGCACAAACUGGCAAGUGAACAGAACGAUCCUAAUCUGUGUGAAUUCUUGGAGUCAAACUACUUGAGUGAACAAGUCGCAGCCAUUAGGAAGCUUGGAGAUCACAUUACCAACCUGAAGAGACUGGGAGCUCCUGAGAAUGGUAUGGGAGAGUAUCUGUUCGACAGGCACUCCCUGGGAAAGAACAGUUAAUGACAUGUGCUUUGAUGAGCUCACCCCCUAAGAAUGUGGCUUGUGCCUGCCAUUUUGCAAGUUUAUCAGCUUGUAAUCUUCCCAGCUCUACAGAAAGGAUUCCAUUGUUCACCUGAGAGAGGUGCUGUAGAUCCCAGUGUCCCAAGUGUUAAAUUAGAACAAUUAUUGCCAACCUAAUGCUGGUAGGGCCAGAUUAAAGAUAUUGUAUAGGACAAGCACUGUAUGUGGAACAUAUUGCCAUCUGUUCCUAAAUAAAACAUGUUAAAACUUUACUACUUUGUCUGUCAGGUUCUUUUGGAUCAAGAGGAAAUCUUGGCCGAUGCAUGAAUAUGAUAAGAGUUAUGCCCUCUCUCAGGAAGGGUAGAUCUGCAGGGUUAACUCCUGGAAUAGGUGGAAGACUUGCCAUUUCUAUGGUGACUUUCACAUCCUUUUCUGAAUGUUCCAGUGUUUUACAUCUACUAUAGUCACAGUUAAAAUGUGGGAAACAUCAAUAAUUUGCACAGAGCAAGCCCCCAUACGUUGUAUUCACCGUCUAGAAAUUUGAUCGUAUUUACACUUUUGUCAGUAUUAGAUCGGGAUUGCCUUUAUCUGGAGUAAAUUAAUUGCCAGUUUCAGGGCAGUGGUGAACUAGGAACUAGGUGAACUUUAGUGCACUAGGAUUAGGUAAAAAUGGAUUAUGAUGUUUGGAAGUCCCUUGCACAAUCAUGGUGUUUAAAUAUUAGAAAGUGAUUGGCAACACUUACUGGUCCAUCACUUGGCACCAAAAACUGGAUGUCCAGAAGUGGUUAUUUUAUGUCAUUCUGGAAGUUUGACAGCACAUCCUAGUGCUUCACACUUGCCUGCCUGGUAGGAUUUCUGCCUCAAAGGUGCACAGAAUUUUUGUCAUUCAGUGUGCAAUACUCCCUUUGGAUUGGUGGGGUUAGGGUAUAAUUAGGCCUAAAUAAAUGCUGCAUUGGAAUUCCUACAAGUCCCAUACUUAAAUUCACCAAUUCCACCAAUCAUUUUCUCCUCCUGAGAUCUGGUCCACAACCUGACUCUUGAGAUCCUCACUUUUUGAUUUCCCCCACAGAAAUGUACUGAGAUUUGUGGUGCAAAUCCAGAGAUUGAAACCCUACAGCAAUGACCAUUUGGGUGCACAAAAAGCUCUAGGCCAAAAAGUUAAGUGUUAAGAAGAUAUUGGCCAAAACACUGAGGAAAGAACACCUCCCCUUUGAUCAUGUUAGUUUACAUUCCCAUGAGAAAUAAAUAGGACUCCAGUUCUAUGCUGCAUCAAAAAACAUUCACUGUUCAGCACAUGCUUGGUUCUGUACUACUGGGAGAAGGAAGCAAGUCUUUUGAUUCAACUAAUGCUAUGGAAUUUCUAUAUCCAUAAGGAAGAUGGAAAUCACAGUUCACCCUCCGUACUUCUCUGGAAGAGGUAGCCUAGCUUUUUGUGCACAUGGUCCUGGAGAAGCACUUGAAUCCAUGCCCAAAAGGUAGCAGAGAUUAAGGUAGGAUAUGGAGAGAUGCAAGGUAACUUUUGUCUAUUCUCAGAGGGGUCUGUAAAUUUCAAUUAUUGAUUUAUACAACACUCUUACCAAGAUUUAUUGGACUUUGUAUCAGUGUUGGGGAUAGAUACAACUUCAAAAUAAAAAAGGUCUCAUACAAGGCUUAGUCACUAAUGCAACACAACUUGGCCCUUCUGACAAGAAAAUAUCCAAAACUGUCCCCUCUUCAGUGAGAAGGCAAUAAGUUGCCAGGAGUCAAAUCAAUAGCCAAGAUAUCCUUGCUAUAUGGGAAAAAAGCCACUGGCUGCUACCUGUCAAAUUCCAGCAUCGUGGAUGAUAAACAGGUGGUAAACAUUUCAAAUCAGGGCCUUGCCAUAAAUCAUUUGUUGAUAAUAGAUUGUACUGCUGGAAUGGUGUCUACCCACCUCCAGUAAUUCUAAGUAUCUAAAGAUUGCAAAACAACUUCAUCUGAAAAGGCUUGGAGACGAAGUUCAAGCCUAGUGAGCACUUAACAGGAAAGAUAACAACAGCUGUGUGGUGAAGAACAGUUUGAAUGCAUUACUGCUUCAAAUCACAACAAAACCACAAUAAACCUUUACCAACUUUUAUUUAGCCACAGAUCCUCAACAGUUGUGCCACAUGGUUUACAACAACUUGGUCUUUUUUCUUUAAUUAAAAACCAGGUACAAAAAUUGAAAAGUUUCACAUUAGAUUUACCCUUUCACUUAAUUCACAAACAAGUUAACAUCCAAUUCAAAAAUGACAUUACCAAAACAGACUCACGAUUAAAAAACCUA